AUGCUUCACACUCUGCGCAUAGUGUGGUCGGGACACACCACUUCACCUUUUGUCUCCAGACGUUAUCAUCCCUUUACCAAUACAACUUCACUCGGCUUCUAUACGGAGCAAACUCCUUCCUUAUCUCCGUUAAAGCUAAAACACUGUCACCUCCUUUGUCAAGCAUCACAGGAUGCAGUUCCUCUAAGGAAUGAUGAAUUACUUGUCCAUGAACCAUCUGAAAUGAUUGUUGGGAUUCUGGGAGGAGGUCAACUCGCUCGCAUGCUAUGUGAAGCUGCUUCUCCAAUGGGAAUUAAAGUCAUGGUUUUAGAUCCACGGGAGAACUGCCCGGCGAGUUCACUGUGUUAUCAUCAUAUGGUUGGAAGCUUUGAUGACAGCACUACAGUUGAGGAAUUCGCCAAGAGAUGUGGACUACUAACUUUUGAAAUCGAACAUGUUGAUGUUGCUUUGCUGGAAAAACUUGAGAAACAAGGAGUUAAUUGCCAACCCAAAGCCUCCACUAUCCGAAUUAUUCAGGAUAAGUAUCAGCAGAUGGUUCAUUUCUCUCAGCAUGGCAUUCCGCUUUCUGACUUUAUGCAAAUAGGUGAUCUUGAAGGUGCAAAGAAAGUAGGGGAACUCUUUGGCUAUCCUCUUAUGAUCAAGAGUAGGAGAUUAGCUUACGAUGGGCGGGGAAAUGCUGUUGCUAGUAGUGAAGAGGAACUUCCUUCUGCUAUAGAUGCUCUUGGAGGAUUUGAUCGUGGUUUAUAUGUUGAAAAAUGGGCACCUUUUGUCAAGGAACUAGCUGUCAUUGUGGUGAGGGGAAGAGAGAAUUUGAUUUCAAGCUAUACUAUUGUUGAAACUAUUCAUAGGGACAACAUAUGCCACAUAGUUAAGGCUCCAGCUAAUGUGCACUGGAAGAUUCGGGAGCGGGCUACGGAAAUUGCUUGCAAUGCUGUUAACUCUCUAGAUGGUGCUGGUGUGUUUGCAGUUGAAUUGUUCUUGACUAGGGAUGGGCAGAUUUUAUUAAAUGAAGUAGCGCCUAGACCUCACAAUAGUGGGCAUCACACAAUUGAAUCUUGUUAUACAUCACAAUUUGAGCAACAUUUGCGGGCUGUUCUUGGUCUUCCCCUUGGUGAUUCAUCAAUGAAAGCUUCAGCUGCUGUCAUGUACAAUAUAUUAGGCGAAGAAGAGGGGGAGCCUGGUUUACGUUUAGCUCGUCUAUUGAUCAAUAGGGCACUGACCAUCCCUGGGGCUAAUGUUCAUUGGUAUGAUAAGCCAGAAAUGAGAAAACAAGGGAAGAUGGGCCAUAUCACUGUUGUUGGGGAUUCCCUAGCCGAUAUUGAAAGCAAUCUUACUGUAAUGGUGGAAGGGAAAAGAUUAGAUGACAAGACUGGAGUUGCUCCACGUGUGGGGAUCAUAAUGGGUUCUGAUUCAGAUAUACCUGUGAUGAAAAGUGCUGCUGAAAUCUUGGAGAAGUUUGGUGUGCCUCACGAGGUAAAAAUAGUUUCAGCGCACCAGACUCCAGAAAUGAUUAUUUCUUAUGCCUCCUCUGCUCACGACCGAGGCAUACAGGUUAUUAUUGCUGGUGCUGGUGGUGCAGCUCACUUACCCGGUAUGGUUGCCUCUCUUACUCACUUGCCUGUGAUUGGUGUUCCUGUGAGUGCUUCUUUCAUGGAAGGACUUGAUUCACUUUUAUCGAUUGUCCAGAUGCCAAAAGGUGUCCCAGUUGCCGCAGUUGGAAUUAAUAAUGCGACUAAUGCUGGAUUAUUGGCAGUGCGGUGUUUGGGUAUUGCCAAUGAUAAUCUUCGGUUAAGGAUGAUUCAAUACCGAGAGGAACAAAAAGAAAACGUCUUGAUGAAAGGAGAUAAAGUAGAAAAACAUGGUUGGAAAUCCUACUUAAAUGGUACUUAGUUUAACCUAUUUAUUUGGUGAUUCUUUUUAAGGUCUAUUCCCAUUGGUGGAGGACUACAAAUUUUCUAUAGACAACAGGAUUUCAUAUGGAGCGUGUUUAGAGAUGGGAUGUU